UCCACCAUCUCAUAGACUUACUUUAUCAGUUUCACCUUUUUUUUCCACCAUUCAUCCAUCCACUCUUCCUCUCUUCUCAAUUCUCCACAACAGUGAAAAUGGCCGAAGGUUUAGUGACUAUUGCUGCCGAGGGGAUACUGAAAAAGAUUUUGUCUAUUGCUGCUGGAGAACUAGCCAUUGCCUGGGGUUACGAAGAAAAGCUGAUCGGCCUACACAGAACAUUGGACCUGAUUCGUGCCAAGUUGCUCGAUGCGGAGGGAAAAAAGGAAACAAGGGCUGUAAUGGUGUGGCUGAAGCAGCUAAAAGAUGUUGUGGGUGAAGCUGAUGAUGUGUUGGAUGAGGUUCAUUAUGAAAUGCUGAGGCGUCAAAUAAACAAAGAAGAUCAGGUGGAAAGAAAGGUACCGUGUCUUCCAAGCUUGAAAAGGUUUUCAUUUCGUAAUGAAAUUGGUCAUAAAAUCGAAAAAAUCAAUAAAACUUUGCUUCUCAUCGAUACACGAGCAAACAGUUUAGGACUACAAGGUGAACACUCUGCUGCCCCUGUUCCAGAUCGUCUCUAUUGGAGGGAGACUGUUCCACACCCAGAAGAAUUUAAAAUUGUUGGGAGGGUGGAGGAUGAAGAGCACAUCAUACACCUAUUAACCGAGUCAAGAAAAGAAGAAAAACUUACGAUUGUUCCCAUUACGGGAAUGGGUGGGAUGGGGAAGACCACUCUAGCUAAGUCAGUAUACAAUAAUCCAAAAAUCCAGCAACGUUUUGAUGUGAAAGCAUGGUUGUGUGUGUCGGUUAAGGUUGACAUCAACACACUUCUCGCAAAGAUCUAUGAAUGUUUUUCCGGAAGGAAAUCUAUGUCAGACCUUAAGGUCAAUUUAAUUAAAAGUCUUGAAGAGGAAUUAGCAACAAAAAGAUAUUUGCUCGUCUUGGAUGACGUUUGGGUCGAAGAGAGGCAAUAUUGGGAAGAUUUUAGGAGUUGUAUGAUAAAAGUAAACUCAAGAAACGGAAGUGGCAUACUUGUCACUACACGUAAGCUUGAUAUCGGAACAACCGGAAUGAAGGUUGAUUCAUGUCUUUUAAAAGGUCUUUCUGAUGAUCAUUGUUGGGACAUCUUUAGAGAAAGAGCGUUUGUGGCAGGCACAAUGCCAUCGCGAGAACUGGAGGAGAUAGGCCGUGAGAUUGUAAACAAGUGUGGUGGUCUACCAUUGCUCUUAAAUUUAAUAGGUGGCAUGUUGGCAAAUUACAAUGACAAAGAGAAGUGGUUGGCCAUUAGAAAUAGCAAAGUUUGGGAUCUAGAAGAUGAAACAGAGAGAGUUCAAAAGAGUUUGGAACUGAGCUUUGAUAAUCUUCCCAAUUCUAUGGCCAAGCGAUGUUUUGCAUAUUGUUCAAUCUUUAAGAAAGAUAAGGUCAUGAAAAGAGAAGAACUGGUCCUACUUUGGAUGGCUUUAGGGUUGGUUCAAGCGCAUGAGGAAAGAAACAAAGAGAUGGAGGAUGUGGGAAAUGAUAUUUUUCAAAUUUUGAACAACAAUUCGUUGUUCCAAGAUGUUGAAAGGGAUGAGUAUGGUAAAACCACUCGUUGUAGCAUGCAUGAUCUGGUGCAUGAUCUUUCAUUAUCACUUUCAAACCAUGAAAGCUUAAAUCUGAUGGAUGCCACAAAUGAUGAUAUUGCAUGUAUGCCUCAGGUUAGACAUCUCGCUUUUUACCAAGAAAAGAACAACGACGAUGAAUUCGAAGGCAAUGUUUCUUUGAUGUUCAUUGAAAGGAAUCUGGUGGCUAGAAAUUUGCAUACAUUGUUCAUCAAAUGUGGAGUUAAGAAUAAAUUUCCAUUUCAACGAUUAAAGUGCGUACGAAUCCUAAAACUCAAAGGAUGUAGAAUAUGGAUGAUAGACGAUUCAAUUGGAGAGUUGGUGCAUCUCAGGUAUCUUGAUUUGUCAAAUACCAGAAUCCAUGUUCUUCCAAAAUCUAUUGGUAAACUUUACCAUUUGCAAACUCUCAAGCUGCUUGACUGCCUACAUCUCGAGUUUCCUGAAGAAAUGAGAAAUUUGAUAAGCCUGCGACAUUAUGAGUCCCACCAAAGCCUUCCCGCCAAUUUUGUGGGACACUUAACUUCUCUUCGAACAUUAAUGCCUUACUUCCGUGUGCUUAGAAACGAGGGGCAUGGAAUUGAAGAGCUUAGCCGUUUAAAACACCUCAGGGGAAAGCUCUGUAUUUUCAAUCUAGAAAAUGUUAGGAUCAAAGAGGAUGCUGUCAAGGCAGAUUUAUGUAGCAAGAAAAGUUUAUAUGAGAUUGAAUUCAGUUGGAGCGAAAAUCAUGAAAGUGCCAGCAGAAACGACAGGGAAGUAUUGGAAGGCUUGCAACUCCCUGGGGAUGUGAAAAUAUUGCAAAUUCAGAAUUUUUCUAGUGAUAGUUUUCCAGAAUGGGUGAUGAAGAUGGGGAUCUAUGUUGAUGGGAAAUGGAUGCUCCUUAACAAGCUUGUACAGAUCAAAUUAAUAGGUUGUAGGAGUUGCCUCUCUCUUCCCAUGCUUGAGAACCUACCACAUCUUCGAGAUCUUGUGUUGGAGGAUAUGGACAGCUUGACAUGCUUAAAGAAUUCCAAUGUUACUGGAUCUACCAAGCCUUUGUCUCCUUCCUUGAUAUCGCUCCGACUAGAACGCAUGAAAAAACUGGAAAAGUGGAUAGAUGGAGCACCCAACAGCUCAAAAAUGAUAUCGCCCGUCCUACAGAUAUUGAAUAUCAAUGGUUGCCCGAAGAUUACUCUCAUAGAUGAAUGCCAUCCCCAUCCUCUUGUUUCCUUAAAGAUACGGGACUGCACAGGUCUGGUGUCCAUUAAGAGCAUACACGGCCUUACAUCUCUUGAAUCUUUAAGUAUCGAGAAAUGCCCGAAUCUUUUAGGAAUAGCCCCCUUUUUUGGUGAUAAUUACCCGACAUCAGUAACGAAGAUGGCAAUGGAUAUUGAAGGGAAAUGGAUUCCUUUUGACAAGCUCAUAUCAAUCACAUUAAUAGGUUGUACGAGUUGUCUCUCUCUUCCGGCGCUUGAGCAUCUACCACAUCUUCGGGAUCUUGAGUUAUGGUUAAUGGACAAGUUGACAUGCUUAAGGAGUUCCGAUGUUACUGGAUCAACGAAGCCAUUGUCUCCAUCGUUGAGAUCGCUCCAGUUAAGAGGUAUGAAAAGAUUGGAAAAGUGGAUAGAUGGAGCACCCAACAGCUCAACAAUGAUAUCGCCUGUCCUCGAGAGGUUGGACAUUGAUUUAUGCCCAGAGAUAAUUGUCCUAGAUGAAUGUCAUCCCCAUCCUCUUGUUUCCUUAAAGAUAUCGCAUUGCACAGGUCUGGUGUCCAUCAAGAACAUACAACGCCUCACAUCUCUCGUAUCUUUAAGUAUUGAAAACUGCCCUAGUCUUUUAGAAAUAGACGAUUUGUCCAACCAGUGUCAUUCUUUGAAGACUGUGAAAACUGACAUUUGCCACAAACUGCAGUCUUUUAGAAAUAGACGAUUUGUCCAACCAGUGUCCAAUUCUUCCUUCAGUCUCCCAAUGGAAAUCAUCGAGGAGUUACCACUACCAGAAACAGAGCUCGAUUCUUCCUAAGUCUCCACGAAAUCGAGGAGUUAACACUGCACAGGUAUCAGAGACGGAAUCAGUGAAUAAAUCCGUCGCUAAUUAGCGACAAAUUACCCAGGGAUCGGCGACGGACCCGGAUUCCCGCAUUGGCUUAUCGAUUUUCCUUGAUUCAGCGAAUGUUCUGCAAGAAAUAUUAUCCACUGGUGAUAGGUCGAUGGUUUUAUUAAUUUUAGCGAGGGUUUUCCUACAAAUUAGCGAUAGAUGUUGCUUUUUUAUUUCAGCGACCGAUCGUUUCCCUCCUAAAUAUUUGGGGAUUCCUUACAUAAAGAUACAACUUCAGUAAAAUUACGUCUCGCGCUUGGUUCAUUCGUGCGAUAAACCCCUCCAUUAUCGCCACCAUCACAACUGCACUUCUACCGUUUCAAUCACGCUAUGGUACUCGGUCUAGAAGUUGUAUAUAAUUCCUUUUCUUCAAAUGAUAACAUCAGGAAACAAUGGUGUUUGGUAGAAAUCCAUCAAAAUGAAUUUUGAGUCAACGGACAAGGGGUUUACUCAUUAAACUACUCAAGGUUAUUGUUGAUCGAAUACGCGAGGAGUUAAAGGAAGAACUCACCAACGCAUUUCUGACAGACAUUAACACCAUAUUAGCAAUGGAGCAACAACAAAAAUCAUUUUUUUUAGCGACUUCCAUCCCUAAGUAUAAGAAGUCUUUCGCUAAUUUUGUUGCUGCCCUUUAGCGACAAAGGAUUUUUGAUAGUAGUAUUCCAUCGUUGAUCCCUAAACAAGGAAAAUCCAAAAACUAAUCAUUUUUUGUUUUGUUUUGUUUUGUUUUUGUUUUGUUUUUGUUUUUGUUUUUGUUUUUUUGUUUUGUUUUUUUUUUUUAUUUUUUAUUUUAUUCAGUUUGACGAUAAAACAAAUACCUAAAUGUCCAAAUAAUUUAUUUAACCAUCAUUAGCGAUGAAUGUUCACUUAAUAAAGAAUUUUUGGGCUUAUUUA